ACCCCUCCACUGCGGAGGACAAGUGUGAGACGACCUGUCGUGCAGAGGAGGAAUGCAGCUCUGUCGACGGCGUCUGGGAGUGUGUCUGCAGACAGGACCUCAACAACUCUGACGUCCACAGUUUGCAGCCGCAGCUGGACUGUGGGGCCAGGGAGAUCAAGGUGUCACUGGACAAGUGUCUGCUGGAAGGCCUGGGUUUUGGGGACGAGGUCAGAGCCUACCUGCAGGACCGGAGCUGCAGCAGCAUCGUGCCAGGAGAGGAGAGGAACUGGCUGUCCGUGACCAGCCCUACCGAGGCUGGUGCCUGUGGAAACAUUCUGGAGAGAAAUGAAACCCAUGCCAUCUACAAAAACACUCUCUCUGUGUUCAACGAUUUCAUCAUCAGAGACACCAUCCUCAACAUCAGCUUCCAAUGCGCCUACCCGCUGGACAUGAAAGUCAGCCUCCAAACUGCCCUGCAUCCCGUUGUAAGGUAUGGCACUGACCCUUGCCCUUUGACCUAUAACUCUGACUUCAAGCACAGCUUAUGAUGUCCACAGGAUGCUAGCUCUAUCCUUCAGGAGCUCCCAUUCAUUGUAUUGUUCAUUCCACAAAUAUUUGUUGAUUGUAUAUUAAUGUUCAGCAUGAACAAGGCAGACAUAGACUAUUUUGUGGAUAUUAAAGAUUAUUAUUAUGAAGCAACACAGCAACAUGAAACAUCAGACCCUUGCCCCUGUCACCCUCCCAGCUGCCCAAAUCAACAAGAUUCCACUAUCUAUGUGGAGGAGAAUGGGGUAUCCUCGGAAAGCCGGUUCUCCGUUCAGAUGUUCAUGUUUGCUGGAAAUUAUGACCUAGUUUACCUGCAUUGUGAGGUUCAUCUCUGUGAUUCCCUUAAUGAACAGUGCAUACCG